AAAAGAAAUAUAUCAUAAGUCUAUUAGAUUAGAUAUUACUAUAAUAAUAUAGAGUCUAGAUCUAGUCUAAGGUAAUCUUAGACUAUACUCUCUAGGCUAAAUCUAGGAAUUUGCAUUAUUUAGGCAGUUGCCAAGAUGUCUAAAGACAAAUUAACAUUAACUGAACUUGAAAGAUCAAAUGACGCUGGAGGAAAGAUUUUCUUACAAACUGCUUUAAAAAAUAAUGGCUCUGAAGGGUUUAAGCUGACUCUCACAGAUGGAAUAAAUGUCUGGGAAGGGGCAGUUACUGAGGAGGAUUUGGACCAACUGUGUGUUCAAGUUAAAAUGGACUUCAACAGCUUUGUUGAUCAAACACAAGCUGCCUUCACUAAAGAUGUGACAGGUGAUGCCAACUAUGAAUGCCACUUUGUUGAAAAAGGUGACAAUACAGGACAGCUAACAUGGAAGAAAAUCCCUGCCCAUGAUGUUAAAUAUAAUUUAGGAUCAACAACUUUGAAAAAGUGCAAAAACUCUUCCAAGAAAAUCUGUGAUAUUUUGAGUGAAUGUAUUGCUACUACCCGCAAUCAGCAAGAUGAAAUUCAUUCUCUAGAAACUGCUAAUGAAAAAUUAUCUUCAGAAAGGCAGAAUGCAUUGAAGAGGCUUGAAAGGUGUGUGAAAGCCAAGGAAGAACUAGAGAAAGAUUUAUAUUCUAAGUUUGUUGCAAUAUUAAAUAGCAAGAAAGAGAGAAUUCGACAGCUAGAAGAACAGUGUAACAACCAAGACCAUGAAAUGGAUGAAAAUUCUAACUCUCCAAUUGCUAGUACAUCUAAUCAACAGUUGCAAACAACCAGAAAUGGUCAAAGAGGAAAAAAAGUGAUGAAAAGUGCGUCAGAAGAAUCUGAUUCAGAACCUGAGGUGUCACCAGCCAAAAAAGGUAAAAAUGUUGUAAACAUUCCAUCGAAAGCUGUGUUAGAAUCUUCAUUAGACUUUGGGUUAGAUGAAGAGACUGCAAGCAAUGAACCACCAGUAGUAAGAAGGCCCCGGCGUCAAACCUCAAAUAAAAAGAACACUCCCGCCAAACCUGUUUUACCUCGUGUCACUUCUGGCAACACAACUCUGGAAAGACCAAAAAGUGCAGACAGAAGGUCCAGUCUGAGAAAAAGUGGAUCUGGCAAUUCCAACAAAUCAGCAGACAAUUUAGAUCCUGAUGAUUUGCUUGACAAUUUUUGAAACAUAUCUAUUCACAUAGUAGUAAUACCAAUUGGUAGCUGUUUAAAGCUUUAAAUUAUUGGCCAAAUUGACUGAGUGUAAAUUUUUAUCUUUUCUAAAAAAUAGUUUCAGUAAUGAAAUGUGUUGAUCCAUCCCAUGCAUUAUGUGUAAAUUCAUGUUAUCACACUAUCCUGCUCUUUUGUUUACUGUUUGCAUAUUGAUUUUUUAUUACCCAAUUACAUUCUAAUGACAUCUUUGUAAAUAUUGCAAUAUAGUAAGAGAGAAAAAGAAGACAAAGUGAUAUAGUGAAAUGUGUGGGGGAUUUAAGAAAAAUCUACAGAAAUUCAUAAGAUUAUGAAAGGAGAAAAAGACUUAAGAAAUUUUGAAAUUAACAGAUGUAGUAAAUUUAGUAAAGGCAGUACAGGUAUGUUGAAAGAUAAAUAUUGCUAACUAAAGGCAGUACAGGUAUGUUGAAAGAUCAAUAUUACUAAUUAAAGGCAGUACAGGUAUGUUGAAAGAUCAAUAUUGCUAAGUAAAGGCAGUACAGGUAUGUUGAAAGAUCAAUAUUGCUAACUAAAGGCAUUAUAGGUAUGUUGAAAGAUCAAUAUUGCUAACUAAAGGCAGUACAGAUAUGUUGAAAGAUCAAUAUUGCUAACUAAAGGCAUAAUAGGUAUGUUGAAAGAUCAAUAUUAAUAACUAAAGGAUACACAUUUUAAGUUACAAGGAAAGAGACCUUAGAAAUGUGAAUUUACAAAGUCUACACAAACUGUUAUAUAUUUUGUAAAUACAUAGAUUAUCAACACAUCCUUUGUUCUGUAUAUUAGAUAUACUAAACAACUAGCUAGUUAUAGAUUGGUCUCCAUUAUGAAAAUCCUCCAUAGUCCCACCAUGUUUUAGCCUGUGUCUUGCACUUUUUUCUCAGUGGUAAAUAACUUUUCAUUCUGUUGUUUCAAAUAAAACUAUUUUGAACAUUUUAAAAAUUUUGAACAUAUGAAGUUAAGUUUUUAAGUGGUUAUAGUUAUCACCAGAAUUAUAGAAAAUGUCUUAUCAGUAUUAACAAUAGAUAUAUGUCUUAAACUCUGGUAUAUAAAAAACUUGCUGUGAAGGGUGAAGACUUCUGUGAUAUGGGUCAGUUCCACAAUGCUGCAUGUAUAUGGGUCAGUUCCACAAUGCUGCAUGUAUUGCUGCUUCAUACAAAUGGGAAAUAACUCUUUUAUUUCAGCACUUGACCUACUUGGAACCACUGUGGGAUGGUUGAGGUGGUAAUUAAUCUUUCCCAUACAACUUCCCCACUAAAGAGAUCGCACAGCAAGCCAAACAAUUCAAUAUUUAUUUCAUAAUAUUGAACUUGAAGUAUUACAAACAAGUUGAAAAAAAAUGUUUUUAUUUUCAUUUUAACCUGUUGCUUUUCGUUUAAGUAUAAAAAGUUCCCCUUUCAGACCUUGUGGUCUAUAGGGCAGAUGAACUAAAGGUCAACUGAUUCUGUGGCCUACGGUUAACGAGGGUGUCAUGUGGCCAGCACAACUAAUGUCAGGUACCCAUUAGAGCGUGGUGGACUAAGAGGCGCCCGGAGAUCCCGAAAUUAAAAAUCCCAGUCUUCACCAGGAUUCGGACCUGGGACCCCCAGUUCGGAAGCCAAUCGCUUUACCACUCAUUCACCACGCCUCCUCAUUUAAGUAUACAUUGUUAAAAAAUUUGGAAUAGUAUCUCUAUUAGCUGGACAUAUACUGUUUGCGUAUUCAUGUUAGAAGUUUGAAUGAGAGUGUCAGUGAGAUCAAGUUAUUUACCUGAUGGUGUAUGAGCUGCAGGUUGUGUGUUCAACUAAAAUUGGCAGCUGAACACCAUGUUUACAUAACUAUAUUUUAAAAUAAUGCCAACAGAAUAUACAAUUAUUUCAAAAUACAUUUUGUGUUUUAUUAUUUGUCUGAUGGAAGUGAUGAAGAUAAAUAUGACAUAUCACCAUAACAUAUAACAUACAACUAUUGCAACUAUUGUAUAUUAGUUCAAAGAAAGAAGCACAUUUCCUAUUCCAUUGCUAGGACCAAUUUAUACAAGUGCUCCUUCUUCCUUAGUACCAUUAGAGAAUGGAAUGCUUUGCCUAAAUCAGCCAGGAAAGCCAACGACUUAAGAGAGUUUAAGUCACUGACUAACAUGCAUGACUAAAUUGACACAUGAAAUGUGUAAGACUUAAUUAUCUUCUCUUUUGAAGUAAUGUCUGUAAUCUAUAAGAUAAGAAAAUAAAAUAAAAAUUAAGUGACAUA